AUGAAUGGUAUUGGGGAGGAUGGGUUUACAGGACACCUGUUGGCAGCAAAUGCUGCUCCAAUCAGAAAUACUUUCAAAGAUAGCUAUAUAUAUAUAGAUGAUUUUUUUUGCAGACGUCUCCACCUCAACAAGAAAGCAACAGACAAACAACCCUAUAGCAAGCUUCCUGGUGUCUCACUUCUAAAGCCAUUAAAAGGUGUAGAUCCUAACCUCAUCAACAAUUUAGAGACCUUCUUUGAACUGGAUUAUCCAAAGUAUGAAGUGCUCCUGUGUGUACAAGAUCAUGAUGAUCCAGCCAUCGAUGUGUGUAAAAAGCUCCUUGGCAAAUACCCGAAUGUUGAUGCUAGAUUGUUUAUAGGUGGAAAAAAGGUUGGCAUCAACCCCAAAAUUAACAAUUUAAUGCCAGGGUAUGAAGUUGCCAAGUAUGAUCUCAUAUGGAUAUGUGACAGUGGAAUCAGAGUAACACCAGACACCCUAACUGAUAUGGCCAAUCAAAUGACAGAGAAAGUUGGUUUGGUCCAUGGUUUGCCCUAUGUAGCAGACAGACAGGGCUUUGCUGCCACUUUAGAACAGGUAUAUUUUGGCACUUCACAUCCCAGAUCGUAUAUUUCUGCCAAUGUAACUGGCUUCAAAUGUGUAACAGGAAUGUCUUGCCUGAUGAGAAAGGAUGUAUUAGACCAAGCUGGAGGACUGAUAGCUUUUGCACAGUACAUUGCUGAAGAUUACUUUAUGGCCAAAGCAAUAGCUGACCGAGGUUGGAAAUUUGCAAUGGCCACACAAGUUGCAAUGCAAAACUCUGGUUCAUAUUCCAUUUCACAGUUUCAAUCCAGAAUGAUCAGGUGGGCCAAACUGAGAAUUAACAUGCUGCCUGCUACGAUAAUUUGUGAGCCAAUCUCUGAAUGUUUUGUUGCCAGUUUAAUUAUUGGAUGGGCCGCUCAUCAUGUUUUCAGAUGGGAUAUAAUGGUAUUUUUCAUGUGUCACUGUUUGGCAUGGUUUAUAUUUGACUACAUUCAACUAAGGGGUGUCCAGGGUGGUGCCCCGUGUUUUUCAAAACUUGAUUAUGCGGUAGCUUGGUUCAUCAGAGAAUCCAUGACAAUAUACAUUUUCCUAUCUGCCUUAUGGGACCCCACUAUUAGUUGGAGGACAGGACGCUACAGAUUACGCUGUGGAGGCACUGCAGAGGAAAUCCUUGAUGUAUAGCCCCAGCUUUGUGACUGUAUUUCAAAAAAGAAAAAAAAGGAGAAAAAAAAGUAUUAUAAAUUAUGUUUAUAUAAAUGCUUUUAAAAAAAUCUACCUUCAAUAGUUUUAUUACUUGUAUGUUUUGGUAUUUGUUCUUUAAUUUAUUUUUGCAUGGCACUUGCAUCUGUGAAAAAAUACAUCUGUAGUUUUGGCCAAAUGGUACCUUCUUUUUUAUGUAUAAAAGGAAAUCAAGAGAAUUGGUCCCAGGAUCCAUUUUCUUUAUGAAUGUUCUGCAGUAAACUCUAAAGACAGUAUCCUUCAGUACAGGAAAAGCUUCUUGCUCUGUGGUACGCUAUCUUAGUAAAUUGAGAGGUAAAAUGGCCUUUGUCCAUUGGAUUGCAGCAGAUUGGAGAGUAACAUCACUACAGAA